AUGGACGGGGCUCCUAGAGGUCGUGGCGCGAGAGGGCGCGGUGCUCGAGGCUGUUGUGGGAGAGCUAGACUCUGUGGAGGCCGGGGCCGAGGUCGUGGACUUCAGGCGGAUUCGAGAGAGAGUGUGGCCCCGAGCAUGGCGACUGCGUAUGUGACCCAUUCUUUGGCGAGUGAGGCCAAUGUGGAUGCUAGUGUGAGCGUGGGAGAUGGGGCGGCUCCAGUUGUGGGUGCUGCUCCUGCUCAGGGUCGUGAUGACUUGGUGGUGGGUUUGCUGACGCAGCUAUUGGAUCAUUUUCUGCCAGUGGUUCCACAGGGGGCUCCGGGAGUACCUCCAGUGGCACAGGUGCAGCAGGGGGCUGCGGAUUUUAUUCAGCUGCAGGCUGCGGGUGUGGUUGUGCCGUCCUAUUUGGAUAUGGUGGGACACAUGCAGAUGAUGGGUACGCCGUACUUUGCGGGCGGAGUUAGCCUAGAGGCAGCAGAGGACUGGCGUCAGAGAUUAAUUGGAGCAAAAUUUCCAGUCUAUUCGAUGUCUGCAGGAGACGAGUUCCUUGCGGAAUUCAACGCCAAGUACUUCCCUAGAGAGGCGCGGGAUCGUCUUCGUAUGCGUGUCACAUCGAUUUCGCAGGGAGAUCGUACAGUGCGCGAGUAUGACGCUGAGUUCAGCAGACUGUUGGUGCAUGCCGGCAUGGGCAUGGAGGAUGAGUAUCAGUUGAUGAACCGAUUCCUUGAGGGGCUUUGGAAGAGUGUCAGGACUCAGUGCAGAGGUGUUGCUCAUGCUAUCCAGCCUCAGAGUCAGCAGCAGCAGCGCAGAGGUGGUUCGAGUUUCAGUUCUGGUUCUGGCAUGGGCGGUUUACCUGCGCAGGGCCAGAAGAGGAGCAGAGAGGAGACUUCUGGAGUUAGUCAGUUUCCUCGUGUGGCUUCAGUUCAGCCAGUAGCAGCUCAGCCAGUGAGCCAGAUUGCAGCGGCGCAGUCGUUGGGUCAGAUUGCAUCGGCGCCGCGGGGCUAUUCUUCAGUGGAAACUGGCGGAACUAGUCAGACUGGGCAGAUCACAGGGACCUUGUUAGUGGGCGGUUUUGAGUCCCAUGUGUUGUUUGAUUCUGGAGCAUCGAAUUGCUUCAUUACACUGGAGCGUGCCGAGAAGAGUGGCAUCCGCAGUAGCGCUAGCGAGAGCGCAUGCAUGGUCAAGGUGGCGGAAGGUGGAUUCUUGUCUACUUUGGGCCGUGCUAGAGUUGUUGAUAUCGAGAUUGCGGGGAAGUCAAUGCCAGGAGAUUUGGUCAUCAGUCUGGUGGAGCUGUAUGAUAUUAUUCUCGGGACUGAUCUUGAGUUGGAAGCAGUGAUCGUUGAAGAUUUGGAGGUCUUACUUGCUAGGUGA